CGUCCAUCCAGUCUCUCACUCUGAUUCCACUUAAGCGACGUCCUCCUGGAGAUCUUUCGCAGGUUCAGAAAUUACCUCAACACCAAACCCAACAACAACAUGAAGAUCAAAGAUAGUCCUCUCCCUCAAGACGCCUGCAGCUAUGUCUUCAAACAAGAAACCCACUUCACCGUUCUCAAGACCUCCCUCUUCUUCGCCGGCGAUGGCUUCACCGUCUACAACUCCAACGGCCACCUCGUCUUCCGGGUCGACUCCUACGGCCCCAACUCCCGCCUCAAAGACCAAGUCGUCCUCAUGGAUCCUCGUGGCCGCUGCCUGCUCACUGUCCGCCGCAAGAUGCCGAGUUUGCAUCAACGGUGGGAGGGCUUUAGAGGGGAGAGGAUGGACGGAGACAAGCCGAUCUUCAGCGUGAAGAGAUCGUCGAUGAUCGGACGGUCGAAGGCGACGGUGACUGUGGAGAUGUACGACAGUUCCGGGGAGGAGUACCAGAUCGAAGGGUGUUUCUCGCAGCGGAGCUGCAAGAUCUACGACGCGAAGAGGAAACUGGUGGCGGAGAUUCGUCGGAAGGUGGACCCCACCACGAAGGUGAUGCUGGGGAAGGAAGUGUUCUCUUUGUGCGUCAAGGCUGGAUUCGAUGGGGCCUUCGCCAUGGCAUUGGUCCUAGCUCUAGAUCAGAUGAACGGUGACAGUUACAUCGAUAAUGGAACACCACAACCUGUGGUGCACCCUUCCGCAGAAGAUUAAGGAUUUGACAAUUUAACACCCUAAUCUAUCUCUGGAUUUUGAAGAGUUCCUUUACUUUUGACGAGGAAGCUCUUCUUCAUGGUCAUAAUGGUAAUACCAAAUGCACCCUGCUUGGAGAAGACAAAUCAAAAGCCAUCUUGUAAAUUUUUCAGUGAUGACAAAAAAAAACUACAUUUUUGUUGGCUUUAAUUAAUGUAUUUUUAAGCCUAAAGAUUAAUCUCAUAGAUGGAAUGCUAUAUAUGGUACACGUGAAAUAUUCUUAAAUCUCACGCAGGCAAGCUUUGGUGUUCAUUGCAAAGAUAGGUAAUUUAUUACUCAUCAAAUUUGUGGAUUUUUACGGGAUUGCCCUAUUCAACUAUUAUUAGUCAGAGAGGCUUUUGCACUAUUCA